AUGCUUUGGGCACUACUGGUUCUCCUCUGCAGCCUCCUGCAUAGUUCAGGUAAGUCUAAAAUCACAUCUAGAAUACAUAGAUAACAUGGGACUUCUUUCAAUCUUGUCAUUUUGGGGGGAAAGGAUGCCAAAGCAUUAGAGGACAUGCAAUAUAUAGGGAUAGGAUGGAAUAAAGUGGUAGAAGAUGCUAUAGAUAAGUUAACCUCACUUCUUUUCUUUGACACUGCUUGUCUGGAAUGCCCAUCAUAUAUAAUUAACCAAAUAAGAAGAAAGAAGGAAGGAAGGAAGGAAGGAAGGAAGGAAGGAAGGAAGGAAGGAAGGAAGGAUCCCAGUGUGAUUAUAAAGUGGGAAUGACUGGUUUGAAACACAAUAUAUUUAGGCAAAACUGAAUGAUUUGAUCGUUCUCUUCUUGACUUUUGCACUUUGACAUUUCUCUUGGGUACUUGUGGAACACUCCCUGCUUUUCAUGCCACGGUUCAGCAUUCAUCCUCUUUAUUUGACAUAUAGAACCUUCGAUGGAAUACACUUUCAGAUCUGGAAACUGCAAUAAAUACCAACCUCCAAUGGUUCCAGAAGCAAGAGAUCUUACAUAUUCCUUCAGCAAUCUUGCAUACUUGUACAUGAAACUCUUCUAGGAUGGAGCCCAACUAUUAUACCCAACAACAAUACAUUAUUUCGUAUAUUUCACUUGAAAGAUGCUUCCAUGAAAGAAGAUAAAUACUUCAACGCUUUUUGAUUCGAAAAAUAAAUUUGUUCUGUGAAUCCAUCUAGGGAUGUAAGAUAUGCCUUUCUGCAUCUGUCCAAAGAUCCAUGUAGUUCAGCAUUCCAAGCUAGAUUCUAGAAGCUCACAAACAGAGCAUGAAGUUGACCCCAUUUGUCCUCAGAAUCUGGUACAGUAAUGAUAGGUAUUUUGCCUCUGAAGAAGGUGGUUCCUGUACCUAUCACAGGUUAAUAGCUAAUACAGUAAUACUCCAUGAAGAUGGCUAUAAACACUUUACUAUCAAUUGUGGUUUCAAAAUACCUGUUUUAUAUUCUACUUUCAUAGUUUUUGUUUCAUAAAAUUUAUUUUUCUUUAUCAGAUCAGAAUCAUAUGGAUCAUUCAGACAGGUUAUCAGGUAAGUCUGUGAAAGAUGUACUGUUCUUCCUACUUACUAAAUGUAUAUGGUUCUUAUCUAAAACUCUGUUGUAACUCAUUUUGGUUCUCUUCUAGAUUAUGGUUUCUUGUUAUUUGCUCUUUUUCUUUUUCACCUGUAAUUAUUUGCUGUUACAACUGGUCCCAGUACUGCCAAAAACAUUCCAAGCACAUAGUUUUAAGUCUUUCUUUCUAAAAACAAUACAGACGUGUUCUGAACAGUUCUAAAUUUAUUUCUUUUAUAUUUUCUAAUGCACCUAAUGACCCAUUUGACACUAACCACAUAGAAGAACAUAUUCCUGAAAGAUGGAUUUGUAGAACAACCCCCAGAAAGAACAAUUAAAAAGUUCACUUAAACUUCACAGAUCAAUUUAUAAACCUCCUUAGCAGUACAGACCUCUAAAAGUGUACUCAGAAGUCAGUCCCAUUGAGUUCAGUGUAACUAACUGCCAGGAAAAUGUGCAUAGGAUUGCUGCGUAAGGCAAUCAGCACAUCCAAUAUAAGGGUCUUCAAAUGAUAUGUUUAGUGUCGUGUAUUUUGGCCCAAAGAUGUCCUUCCAACCUGUUUUAAAACCUCCAAUGAAGGAAAGUCCACCACCUUCCAAGGUAGUCCACUCCACCAUUGGACAGCUCUUACCAUCUGGAAGGUCUUCCUAAUGUUUAGUCUGAAUCUCCUUUCUUGUAAAUUGGUUCAGGUCCUACACAGGACACACAGAAAGGUAUACAUCUGCAAAUAAUUACAUAUGAAAAAUUCUGAGAGGAACAAAUAUUGUACCUAGUGUUAAGCGUUGUUCUUUUCUCUUUUUUUGCUAUUUGGAUUGCAUGGGCAAUAGUGAAUACUGUUCUAUGUGGAACUGCGGCUGUGGUCUGGUACUGUGAUUUGGAGCUGAAGGCUUACAUUGCCUUGUAUCCAAUGCAGCAUUAAGUAAGCAUUCUGUCAGUGCAAGGACUUAUGCUUGCACAAUGGGACUUUCCUGCCCUGUGUGCCUGCCAUGUACUCACCCCAAAUCUGCUCCAGAGGCAGGGCUUUUUUUCAGCCGGAACUCAUUUCCAGCACCUCUUAGGUGGGUGCCAUUGCCAUUACAAGAUAACAUGGUAGGUGUUCAUAGUGAGUUCCGGCACCUCUUUUUCUAGAAAAAUAGUGUCCAGAGUAUUGGGGGGGGCAAAACAUGGUAAAUGGGUGUGUGAAGGAGAAGAGUAGAUGAGCCCUGGUGUGCAAAUGUAAAUCUUUGUGCUAAUAGGACAGUUACUUAGUACUACAAUGGAUACAAGUCAUAGUGUAAUGGUAUUGGACUAAACCACGGUCUCUUCCAACUCUAAGGUUCUAUGAUUCUAGCCUAUCUACAGGAGUGAACACAUAUGCAUAUAUGAAAAACAGCCCUUGCAUUCAGCCUGUCUUUGAAAUCAAGGUGCAACUUAAAUUACAUAAGAAAGGAUCCUAACAAGAAAGAGGGCUUCAUUAAUCUACUGUUCUCACAGGACUAACUUUGCUCCAUACUUGGACAUACAUUAUGUUAAGUUAGUUGAAUACAACCCAAAGUUUCUGAAUAGGAAAUAAGCCAAUACUCUUCAGACCUGCUGUGGACAGCUAUAAUUUUAGAUUGUCUAAAAUGCAAUGUAUAGUGUCAAUACUGGGCUUUGCAUUUGGGGCACUCUAAGAUGGUGCCCAUGCAUAGUGGAUAAGCAUUUGGCUCACAUCCUCUGCAAAAAAUGUCACUGCCUGCCAAGUAAACAUGUCCAGAGGGAGAGCAACAGUAAUUGUGUCAUCUGGGACCAUGCCCUGUUGCUUGCUGCUGCUGCUGCUGCCUGUUGUUCACGUGCUGCCCCUGGACAUGUUUAUCUUUCCUGGCAGCAGCAAUAGAUGGGUGGGAGUCAAGCCAAGUAAAUAUGUCCAGGGAGUCAGUGACUGGCAGCAGCAGCAAAACGCAGCAGUAGAGCAGGAGAAGCCGAUGGUGGGAACCCUGAUGGCAAUGUUGGAUGGAGCCCUCAAUGGUGGUGUGAGCAGGACUGGUUAUGGGUCCCUCUGUGCCCUAGGAGUGUCAGCAUGGGCCUGAUCAUGCUGGCCUCUGAUGCUGGGCCAGAGCUGUAAAGAUUUUGUUUCUGAAGUUACAGUAGCAUCUUGAAACAAUCCAUUUCCACAAUGGUGUCGAUUUGCAUCAUAAUGGGAAGAGCAUAGUAAUGUCAGAAACUACCUUUGGCACAAUUCCAUCUGUUGUCAGGCAUCUUCCAUGGGUAAAAGUUCCUGGAAUAAAAUGCAAAGUAGAUAUUAUUUUCCUUUCCGUUUAGCCAUCAGGAAGUUUUUGAUACUUUCUUUCCCCCACCCCUUCCACUACUUUUAUGCAGCAAAUACCAAAAUAUAUCAUUCCACACUUGGCUGACUCAUAUAUCAUUGACAAAACCACUUAUUGUGGGCAAAUGUAGAAGGAAAUAAGCGAAUUCAGUUCUGAGACCAGCCCUUCCUAAAUAUCAGGAUUGUCAGGUCAAAUACAGAGCUAAGUUCUCAGUUGGAAGGUACUUCAAAGGUCAUCUAAAUCAACCCCUUCCGAUGCAGAAAAUCCACAGUUACAACAUAAUUAAUAGAAGACUAUCCAGCUUCUUAUUCAAAACCUCUGAUAAAGGGGAGCCCACCAUCUUCCAAAACAAUCGGCUGUUGAACAGCUCAUAUUGUCAGAAAGUUCUUACUGAAAUUUAGUCAAAAUCCCUUUUGCUGCAAUUAGAACAUGUUGGUUCAGGUCUUGCCUUCUGGUCCCCUGGAGCAACAGAAAACAAAUUUGCUCCUUCAUAUCUUUGAUGGUUCUUCAGAUGUUUGACAAUGGCUAUCAUAUCACCUCUUAAUUGCCUCUUCUCCUAGCUAGACAUUCCUAAUUCAAUGAAAGAUACCUGUGGCAUAAAACGGAAAACUUUGCCAGAUGCAUGCAGCUUCUUUUGCCACGGCAUUAUUAUGAAGGGGAAACUGUCUGUCCAUUUAAUGUGACUAUUAAAGUGAGACAGCUCCAUAACAAAUAUGGAAACCCUACCAUUGCACUCACAAGACACUAGUGAUCAUUUUCUCUCUCCUGAUAAAAAUGCUAAAGGUAAAGGUAAAGGUACCCCUGUCCCUACGGGCCAGUCGUGUCCGACUCUGGGGUUGCGCGCCCAUCUCGCUUAAGAGGCCGGGGGCCAGCGCUGUCCGAAGACACUUCCGGGUCACGUGGCCAGCGUGACAAGCUGCAUCUGGCGAGCCAGCGCAGCACACGGAAACGCCGUUUACCUUCCCGCUAGUAAGCGGUCCCUAUUUAUCUACUUGCACCCGGGGGUGCUUUCGAACUGCUAGGUUGGCAGGCGCUGGGACCGAGCAACGGGAGCGCACCCCGCCGCGGGGAUUCGAACCGCCGACCUGACGAUCAGCAAGUCCUAGGCGCUGAGGUUUUACCCACAGCGCCACCCGCGUCCCCAAUAUAAACUACUACCUUAUUUUUUAUAUUAAAAAACAGCCCUAUUACUACUACUUAAAAAGUAAAGAGCUACUGCUGCUUAUCCUCUAUAUCCAUUGUAUUGGCAGAGUAAGGGUUCUCCGAAUGAUGGGCCCUUGAUGGAGUAAAUGUGCUUGCAAAAGAUUAGCACUGUAUAACUGAACCUAAACUCGAAUAGUUUUAAUGCAGACAAUAUCCACUUGGUCAACUGUUGUUGCUUUUAACCUAAAUAAUUAUUUCAUUCAUGAGUUUAAAACCAAGAUGCAUAAUUCCAAGAAUACUUGUGAAAAGUUGUUUGUUUCAAUUAAUUGUAUAUGUAUUCUCUAUUUAAUUUCCUUUUUUAUUUCAUAGAUGCCUCCUUUCAAAGACAGGAAGUGGCAUUAGGAGGAGGUAAUAAUUUGCACAUUUAACAUCCAUUGUGGACUCUUUCUUAAGCGACAGCAGUGGCGGGGCUGCUAUUCUGGCCGAGCCCCAUUCCAUGUGUUCCUGGUGAUACUGGAAUGGGAGAGAUGAUGCAGGAGUAGUUUGCAAGACCAGUGGGGAAAGAAAACAUGUUGUCAGCACUUUCUGGUCUACUUCUUUCAUUUUAACAUCACUGCAGCAAAAUGGGAUGGAACCGCAGGAGAGCAGUCACUGUAAUGAGAUUCCUCCUAUAAUGAGGCUCAAGGGCUGCCUUCCCCAGCCAAGUGCCCUUUAGAUGUUGUUGGACUACAACUCCCAUCAACUCCCUCUAAGGCCAGUGGUCAGAGCAGAUGGAACUUGUAGUCCAACAAUAUCUGGAGGGCAUCAGGACAUGUCACUGUGGUAGUAGGUUUCUCAAAAGGUCUCUCUCAGGAGAAGAAUAUCAGUGCUGAAUGGUCAGAGGUCAAGUCAUGCUUGGAAAAAGAAUGGUAUUUAGUAUUCCCAAUAGUUUAGAAUGCUUGUUUCGAGCUUCAAGUCCAUGGGACUAUUCUUCAGGGUCAAAAUGUGCCAGGCAAAGGAUGGAAAUGUUUUCACUUUGCUGUUAUAUUUGAAGCCACAAAAAGUAAUUCAAUUAACAAAGCAGUGUGUGUGUGUGUGUGUGUGUGUGUGUGUGUGUAGAUAAAUUCUACCUUUGGAAAUAUAACACCUAAGAGCAUUUUUUUCCUUUCACCUUUCGUUGGGGAGGGGAAGUGUAUUAUCAUUAUGCCCUGUUUUCUAGUAGUGGGAAUUGAAACUCUGUUAUAGGGUUCAGCAGUAAAUGGUAAGUUAUUUUAAUUUUGUUGUUUAGUCGUUUAGUCGUGUCCGACUCUUCGUGACCCCAUGGACCAGAGCACGCCAGGCACUCCUGUCUUCCACUGCCUCCCGCAGUUUGGCCAGACUCAUGUUUGUAGCUUCGAGAAUGCUGUCUAACCAUCUUGUCCACUGCCGUCCCCUUCUUCUUGUGCCCUCCAUCUUUCCCAACAUCAGGUGGAGGGCACAAGAAGAAGGGGACGACAGAGGACAAGAUGGUUAGACAGCGUUCUCGAAGCUACAAACAUGAGUCUGGCCAAACUGCGGGAGGCAGUGGAAGACAGGAGUGCCUGGCGUGCUCUGGUCCAUGGGGUCACGAAGAGUCGGACACGACUAAACGACUAAACAACAAAAUUAAAAUAACUUAGUUAUUUUAAUUAAAGUUAUUUUAAUUAAAGUUAUUUUAAUACAAUCAGUAUAUAUAUGUCCAAUACUGCUACAACAAAUAUACCUUUGUUUCACUUUAGGCCAAAGGAGUGCUGAAUGGCUUGACCUUGGUAAGUAUUUCUUUUCCUAGAAGUAGAAUCUACAGAGACAGGCUUCCCUGUAGUGGAGAGAGAAAAAUAUUGAUCAUUCCCCCCCCCCCUUUCUUUACUUUCCUAAUAAUGAGAUACUCCUGUGGACAUUCUAGAAACUAAACUGAGCUACAGGAUAGUGUGGGUCAUAUUUUAAUCAUGAAAAUGCAUUUGAUUGGAGGAUAACUAGAAAUGCUAACUUAUGUAGACUUGACAUAUGCACCUUUUCCUAUUUUCUAGAAACCUAUUCUGAAGAGUUGAGAAGUCUAGAUAAUGCCCGUCUUCAUCAUACAGGUAUUACUUUCCUUGUUUUAGUGUGAAAUCAUGAUAAAAGGUUCACAGCACUUCAAAAGGCAGAUAUAUGCAACACGGCAUGAAUUUUAUACUUUAAAAAACUAUUACAGUCCUGCACUCAGGCAGUCCAAAUUCUGCAUCAAGGAAAGCUGGAAUCUUUAAAAAACACAUAGGACGGGGACUUAAUAGGGGCAUCUGCUAUGAAUGGAAACUCUUAGAAAAAAUAAUUGUUGGUAGACAACACGGUACAUGCCCAUGCUUAUGUAUCAUGAGCCAGGAGGACAGAUUUAAAAGAAGAAUCCAUUCAACUGAUUAAAAUACUGCUAAAGUAUAUGCACAAUGCCAUUCAGAAUGGCCAACAGAAUAAUCAGGGCCCAACAGAACCUCACUAUAGUUUUGCUUCCUUUCUUUAAGCUGUGGAUAAGGGCUCAUGCUCCACCUGGGGCACUGGGCAUUUCUCAACUUUUGACAACUACUUGUAUGAUUUUUCUGGGACUUGCAAUUACAUCUUUGCCACCGUAUGCAAUGACGUCAACCCGGAUUUCAACAUCCAGUUCCGUCGCGGGCCAAACAAAAAAAUUGCCAGAAUCAUCAUCGAGUUGGGACCCAACGUUAUCAUAAUUGAAAAUGGCAUCAUAUCAGUCAAGGAUGUUGGGUAAGCACGUGAUAGUAAAAUGCUCAUGUGGUGAAAGUUUUGCUCUUUUUUUUAAUCAACAACUAUAGGUUCAGGUUUCAAGCUGGCCUUUUUCUUUUCCUAUCUGAAGGUGUUGUUAAUACAGUUUUUGACAUAAUAUUCUUUGUUGGCAUGGUUUUCAUUUUUAUAGUGUUAAUGGAAAUUGUUUGGAGACAAACAUAAAACUUGCCCCAAAACCUGGGGUUUAACCAAACAACAGCAACAUAUUUUGUACUUUAUGAAAACAUGAUGGCAGAAAUGAAGCAUUUCUUUCCAAUUCUUCAGCUUGUCAAAAGUGAAAGCUGGACUUUGCCAAACUCCCAAGAUUCUGUCACAGUAGGAAUGGCAUUUUACACAUGCUCAGAAGUUUCCUCAGAUUGUGUGAUCCAAGGCUGAGGCCUCUCCUAACUGAAAUUGGUUUCUAGUAGAUUUUAGAGCUCUUUUGCCUGCAUUUUUUAAAAUUCCCAAACUGUCCCAUGAAUAUUAAUAAUAAAAGGCAUCCCACUAGGCAUGAAUGAGUUAAAUGCUUAUUUUUGCUGGUAUUAUGGCACCCGCCUUGCGUUCGUAAUUGGGAAAAGUGGUCUUUUCCAGACUCAGUCUGAUCUUUAACAAAUAUAGUUUUAAAUUUAAUGUUUAAAGUGACUAGGAAACUUUUAAUUAUUAAUUUUAAUGGAAAUGUAUGGUGAGAAAUAGACAUUGCUAAGCAUCUCUAAUUUAUGGAUGAUUAAAAAAAGUUUGGAUAAAAAAGACAGCUUUUGACUUAGAACACAAAGCCUAGAAAUUCCUUGGAAUUACUAAGUUUCUAAGUCUAUGUGUUUCUUCUUUCCCCUUCCCCAUACUACUCCAAUAGUAUUAUCAGGCUGCCAUACACCAGAAAUGGAAUUCAGAUUACACCUUUUGGACGCACCAUCCGCCUAGUGGCCAAGCUGAUGGAGAUUGAGCUUGCCGUUUUCUGGAAUAAUGAUGAUUAUCUCAUGGUGGGUAAAGUCUUGCUUUCAUCUUCUGAGCAUAUUUUUGGAAUGAUAAAAAUCGCACAGGUUUUACAUUAUUGCUGCAUGGUUGUAAUGAAGAAGCCAGCCCCCACCUGCCUUCUUACAACCAGUCCAGAGUGUGUCCCCGGCUAUCAGUUGCAUCCUCCUUAGUCUAAGUGUUGCCCUUGGGGAUCUAAGCGGGGAGGGGGGGCAAAACUAGAAUUAGCUGGCUGUGCCUGGCAUUGGCUACCUACUCUUUAUGCUCCCUGCCUCCCGCCCUGGCGGUCACAAAGGGCAUCAGAGGCUUCACUGGGUUCUCAACAUGCCAUGAGCUGGCUCUUCCCAUCCUCCCUGCAAGUAAAAGGAAGGAAAGGAUAUAAGCAGGCAUUGCAUUACAUUGGACUGCCUGGGUGGCUACAGCCUAGGGAUGACAAACUCCGUACCUGAUUAGGGCUGACAGGUAGAACACACUGAAGCACUAGCCACAUGGUUAAGUGGUCAUCUGUUUUCACCCAUAGAAAAUAUGAUUGGGGGAGAACACUUACAUUCUUCAGGAUGACAGAUUCCAGCGAGGGAGGCCUGUUAACCUGUUAACAGCAAGAACAAAAAGGAGUCUUGCUGUGGCACUUUAAAAACUAGCAGAUUAAUUGUUGGCAUAAAUCUGUUGGCCUUCAAGGUGUCACAACAAGACUCCUUUUCAAAAAAGCAAAGCAAAAAACAAACAAAACCUCAUCUAAUGGCGGGUAGUCGCACGAUUAAUAAUGCAACAUGGGUCAAUCUGACCUGGACAGCAGCCCACAAAGCGGUUCUCAGACAUUUCGUUGACCUUGCUGCUGCGCUAAUUGUGGUUGGUGUUGACUCAGGUGUGCAUUCUCCUGGCAAACAUGGCACAACGCUGCAUUUUAUCAAUCUGUGCUCAGAAAGAUGUAAGAAAUAAGUAGAUUCAGUGUCAGGAUGGGCACCCUCACCCAGUCAUCAGACUGAUAAUCUCAUAUAGGGAAAGGGGGUUGUAAACCUCCUUCCUCUUCUGAUCUGCACAUAUCAACUUAGGAGGGGGUGAUGUGUGUCUAUGUAUGCCAACCUAUGUGUGUCCUUUGUGCAUAUGCGCAAGUCUCGAGUAGGCACACUAAGCAGUGGUAUGAUCUCCCCUGCUCUGAGUGCUGGCCAUGGAUGAAUGUGGCCUUCAGGCCAUAAAUGGUUAGUCUCCUCUAUUUUACAAGAAGGGAAUUUCACAGACAGGGAGCCUUAGCAACAAGACUUUUCCCCACAUCACAGCAACAUGUGCUACAUUGGGUAGCAGGAUCACAAGGAGGGCCUUCUCAGCAGAUCUUAAUGUAUGGGCUGGCAGAGAGCGGCUCUCCUCUAAGUACUUGAGACCUGAGUCACUCAGGGCUUUGUAUUUCACCAAGAUAUAAUGCACAGCUAUUUUUCUAAUUAAUUCAGUUUUCUCUUUUAGGUUUUGAUUGAGGAAAAAUACAUGACAAGAACAUGUGGACUGUGUGGGAACUUUGAUGGGAAAGAAUUAAAUGAGUUUAUGAGUGAAGGUGAGUUUUUCCGGUGCAGAAAUAAAUGACAGAAAGGUUUGGAUUUCAUGACAACUUAUUAAGCCAAACAUUGUCAUCUAAUUGCCUAAACUUCUAGUAUAGUUGAUAAAAUAAAGACGAUAAUAUGAGGACUACUUGCUCACACAUGGCAGUAAGGUCCCAUGUUUUUUAUUUCCCAUCACUUUUCUGUGGUAUUAUAAUAAGAAAAGGUAAAAGCAUUGGAUAUAUCCAAUUGAGUUUUCAAUCUAGUGGAGGUUUCCAUUAACAGGAAAGGUGAGGAGGAAAUCUUUUGCCAAGCCCUUCCCCCAUGCUAUCCUCUGUGCUGUUUGGAGGGUCCCCAAACUUCUAUAGAGUAUAGGGUCUGUAGUGGAAUAAUAAUAAUAAUAAUAAUAAUAAUAAUAAUAAUAAUUUAUUAUUUAUACCCCGCCCAUCUGGCUGGGCUUCCCCGGCCACUCUGGGCGGCUUCCAAAAGAAUAUUAAAAUACUAUAAUACAUCAAACAUUAAAAGCUUCCCCAAACAGGGGAAAUUGGCAAACAUUGCUUUCUGCAAAGAUGUUCACUGGGUCAACAGCCCUUCCAUGAAGGGAAAAGCAUGACUAGAGUCAAGAAGGCAUCAUUUUACUGCCCUUAAAAUCUCCACUCCUUAUGUUUUAUUUUUCCAGAGAUUGAUGACAACAACAAGCCACCCGCCUAUUUUCAUACAUGCACAGUUGUUGUUUUUUAAUGUAAAAUGAGUCAGGUGUAUAAAUGGACCCCCAUUUAUAUAGUGCAUAGGUUGCCUAAGAUGGACUAACAAACUCAACUGAAUUUAUACUUUGAUUAAUAGACAAACUUCUGGACCCUCAAAAAUAUGCUGCCUUGCAGAAAAUUGAUGAUCCUGCAGAGAUCUGCCCAGUUGAGGAAAUGGCAGUUUCUAACGUUCCUCGCAAGAAAUAUGUAUGUACCAUGUCAUUUUUCUGGAUCUGCCUACCUUUCAAUACUUUUAGACAGAGGCAGUAAUUGAUAAAACACUGCCAUGAUUGAAGAUACAGUAGCAGAUUGGCUAAGUCGGUCUGAAAGAACUGGGAGGAAAGCAUGGAAUGGGAUGUGCAAACCUCUUCCUAUCUUUUUGGAGGUUUUUCAUAAAAGGGAUUUUCAAAAGUGGAGAAUUUAGGCUUUCCAGCUGUGAGGGAAUGGCAUUCUCCCCAGUUAGUUCCCUGCUUCUCACACAACAGGAUGGAGACUGUAUUCUCUUUGUAGCAGGGCAGGAGCCCCAAAUGAGUGUGGCCAGAGCCCAAAGUGGUCAUCGCUAUCCACAUUCUCAUAAAUAUAUCACUCCCAUCCAUGCAUUCUCUCUCUCUCUCUCUCUCUCUCUCACGUGGACAAUAUGCAUUGCUAGAAAAGGAUCCAUUUGUUUUAAUAUAUUAUUUUUUGGCAAUUAAAAUAUCAGGUGCGCUGGGGCCUGAUUUGGAUCAGAACUCUGGUGGGAGGAUGGUGCAGGGGCUUCAACCAUUUGCCCCCUGCUGUGGCCCCUGCGCAUUGCAAAUUAAAAAGGGAUCCAUUCAUAUCUUCUUUUAAAAAAAGAUUUUAUUAAGACUUUUCAAAAUGCGGUAAAAGACCAGAACAUUCAAAAGAUCCAAGGUCAAAUGCAGAUAGGACUGGAGAAGACUCCUGUCUGGAACCCUGGAGAGUCACAGUCAGGGCAGCGGCCUGAAGGGUUAAUGUUAGAUAGACAAGGAAUAGUAAAAAGACAUAGCUUUGUGUGUCUUACUCUCUCCUUUUAAUCCCUACACGGCAACAGAUAUCACACAUAAUUCUGCCUAUCUACUCUCCUGUUCAAGAUUAAAUGUUAUUCAGCCCUCAGACGACAGGAAGCAAGGUGGGACGUUUUGCCACCAUUGAAAGUGACAUGGGUGAUGGUGGAACAAUGCACUGGAUCCAGGGACUGCCGCCUGUGGCUUUCGGUUGCCAGUCCAAAACUUAUAUGGUGAUAAGGGGGAGACUACAUUAACGAUAGGCACACAUUCUUACUCAAUGCUUUUGGUAACAACAAGUUGUCAAAGCAAUUCAGUCUGUGGUACAAUCGCGCCCUGUCCCAAAAUGCAUUGCAUUCAUUGAAACUGCCAUUCUUUCUUUUUCCAAUAGUCUAGGAUCUGCAGCCAGCUUCUAGGACUCGUCUCUCAAUCUUGCAACAUCUCAAGGAAAGGGUUUGUUAUCCGCUGCCAACUUGACAUGCAAAACUGCCCUGAUCCAGGGCAGAGGAACUGUACUUGUGCUACCCUUUCAGAGUACUCCAGGCAGUGUGCCAUGUCCCAUCAGGAUGUGUCUGAUUGGAGGAGCACUGACCUCUGCUGUAAGUUAUGAGGUUCUGGAUCAUGAUUAUACAUGUCAGGUAUUAACAACACAUUGACCAAACUACCAUAAACAUCAGCUUCUGUAUUCUGAAAUAAAAUGUGCACAGCUAGUAAAUGCCUCAUUAUUUACAUGUAUUAAGACAGGGCUACCAAUGAGGACAGGAAGAAAGUAUGCUCCCCAUCAGUGUUUCGCCUGCUCCUUAUUGUUGUUGCUGCUCCUUGUUCCCCCUGUAGCUAUUCUCCAUUGCAUUUUUUCCGCUUCUUGACAAUUUGCUGUACUUCUUUCCUUCCCGUCUGUCCUAACUUCACUCUCUGAACCAUUGCGUUUUGCAGCUUUGGGAAGAUGUCCAGCUAACCAAGUCUACAAAGAGUGUGGUUCUCCCUGUCUCAAAACAUGUUCCAAUCCAGAUUACAGCUGUUCCAGCUACUGUACAUAUGGCUGCUUCUGCCCAGAAGGUAAAAGGACAUUGUGAUGGAUAGACCUUGGGUCAGCCUCCUGGAGACUCAUAAGAUAAUCAGGGCUGGGUGAAGUGUCAUCCAAUGAGAAGAGAAUAGAGGGUUACAAGUUAGAACCUGACAGUUUAACUUUCAGGUAGGGCUGAGUUAGGGCUUCACUGUUAGAUGGGGCUCAGAAAUGACUUGUUUAUGGAUUGGCUAGGCAUGACAACCCAGAUUAUUUCCCUAAGGAGAAGGUAAAGAUGCUCAAUGGAGCUGGGAGUGUUUUCCUGGCUUAGUAGAAAAAAUAGUCAUUCUAGGAGGAAUCAUCUUAUUUAGGAACAGGUUUAAAGUGGAAAUUAUCUGUGAUUCUGAAGCUAAACCAGGUUCUUUAAAAAGUAUGUUUAGGAAUAUGUAACUUAAAUUCAACUAUGCCAAAUGGCCAAAUGACUGUGUAUGCUGUGCACUUUAUAUUUAGUUAAUUACCUAUGGUUUUCGGUCUCUAUCAGAUUUAUUGCUAUGACAUUGGAACACAAUUUGUCCAUGAUAUGAAGAGUACCUAAGUGAAUAGACCUGCCCCUGAAUUUCCUCCAGAGGGAAAAAAAACACCUUGCAAAAGUUCCCAAGCUUUAUGCUAUAUACAUUCAGAAGGAAUUAAAAUGCUUGCCAUUCAUUUGCUUUCACCUUUGACAGGGACUGUUUUGGAUGACAUUUCAAAAAACCGAACAUGUGUCCCGGUAGAACAGUGUCCAUGCACACUGAAUGGGGAAAUGUAUGCUCCUGGUGAUGUUAUGAAAGCAACAUGUAGAACCUGGUGAGUACGGUGGUAUUCUAAUUAAAGAAGGAUGGGUUGUGGUCAUGAAGCUGAUUAGAAUACCUGGCACUGAUAUGCUGAAACAUACAUAAAAAAAGACAGAGAUAGAAUUUUUUUAAAAAUAGAGAUUUUUGCACAUAGAUCAGGAUAUGACAUGCAUUUUUGACUGUCUUUAGAAGUCCAACUUGGAUUUUCAUGUUUAAAGUCUAUUGGUUUCAAAUAUUGUUGCACAAAUGAAGAGAGAUAUAAUAGGUUGUGUGCGCACUUUGCAUUGAAAGCACCCCCCAAUAAUCCUGGGAUCUGUAGUUUAUUCCUCAGAGAGCUGCUGCUUCCAGCACCCUUAACAAACUACAGUUCUGAGGAUCCUUAGGGGGUGGGGGAAUGUGCUUUUACAUGUAUUGCACUUGCGCAGCUAUCCUGACCUACAACAAAUAACCCAGAAAGUGAUGAUGAGCUUAGAUCUGCUUUCCCAGUUAACAGCUGACAUGUACUUUUCUUUUUACUAGUAAGUGUAUGAUGGGUCAGUGGAGCUGCACAGAACUGCCAUGUCCAGGCAGAUGUUCCUUGGAGGGAGGGUCAUUUGUUACCACAUUUGACUCUAGGCCAUACCGUUUCCAUGGAGUUUGCACCUACAUUCUUAUGAAGGUAUUAUACCUAAUAAAGACCAGCAUUAUCAGAUUUGUUUUUAAAAAAUAUUUUAAAAGUCAUUGAAUUUUCAUUUCUGAGAGCUUAAUAUUUUCCAGGGGUCAGCAUUUACCUUAUACUGUUCAUAGAGGACUAGAAGGACCACAGUCAUGCUAUUAACCAUAACUCUGUAUUCCUCUUUUUUAUGGCAUGUGCCAAUAUUAAAAGAAACAAGAAGCAUUACGGGGGGCUUCAAACAAGUGGGAGAUGGACAUUCUCCACUAUAUUCAUUGGGUAGAACAAUCCUAUGCGGGUGGGUGGGCAGAGGAGGUAGAAUCCAAUGCAGUGGAAGCACCCAGCAUAUUCAAAGCACCAUUGCCUCCAAACCACCAGACUCAAAAUGUUUACAAUAGCACAGUCACGGAAGUAGUCAGGGAGUCACAAUUGGCAACACUCCAUAUUGAGUGUAUGUUUGGUGGCAUACCUGGAUUUGCUGCAGCAAAAUGAAUAAAAUGUCAAUGAAAAGGAAACAUUUGGUACAGUAUGGAAACAUUCAACAAUAAUUUUAAACGGUGGAUGUGAACAUAUUGAGUUUUCUCCCUUCUACAAACUUUGCAUUAUUUUGCUUUUCCUCUCCUUCUAGAGUCCUAUGUUACCACACAAUGGAACCCUUAUGGCCGUGUAUGAAAACUCUGGUUAUUCCAGUUCAGAGACAUCACUGACAGCCAUCAUUUAUGUCUCAGGAAAAGUAAGUGUGCCUCCCAUAGAAACGUUACUGCUGAGUGCAUACUAUGAAAAAAAUCAGAGCAGAUAGAGUCCAGCACAGAAUGAGGUAUGCCCAAGCCCCAUUGAUCUCAGCUGGAUUUAAAGGAUGUGCUUAAAUUGUAGUCCAGAUGUACAGAUAUGAGCAUUUGAAUGCGGAACAGAAAGAAAAGGUUAGAUAAGUACCUAGAUGCAAUAGUCACAAUCAUUGUUCUCAGUUGCAAAAAUUAUGGUAGCAGUUAAUUUCAGUGAAUCCUCCAAAAAUUACUUUAUUUCAUGUGGUUACACACAUUCUAUAUCCGUCUUGAUUCAUGGAAAGAUUGACCCAGAGUGGCAUUUAACCCUUCACCCAGCUCUGUGUUUAGGAUUCUGUGUUAUCUUUUCCACGUAGGACAAAAUUGUGAUUUCCAAAAAUGAAAUUUUAAUGGAUGAGGACGAACUUAAGAGGCUACCUUAUAAAUCAGGUAAGAUAAGAAAGAAGAAAAUGGAAAAUGUACCCAAUAAAUAAGAUGAUGAUAAGAUAAGAUAAGAUAUGAUAAGAUAUAAGAUAUAAGAUAUGAUGAUAUAAGAUAUAAGAUAUAAGAUAUAAGAUAGAUAUAAGAUAUAAGAUAUAAGAUAUAAUGAUAAGCUAUAAGAUAAUUAUUAUUUAUAUCCCACCCAUCUGACUGGGUUACCCCAGCCACUCUAUUUUUUUUUUUUAAAUAAUUUUUAUUAAAGUUUUAAACAAAGAAAAAAGAAAAAACAACACACACAAAAAAACAAUACAAAAUUUAACAAUAAAAACACACAACAUAACAAUUUAAAACAAACUCUCUUUUAGAUUCCCAAUUUUGAAUUACUUAUUUUCUGGACUUCCUCAUACCUCCCUCUUUUGUAUUCCAAUCUACAUUAUUUGUCCAGCAGUUUCUUUUCCACUUUUUAAAACCCAAUCUUUAAUUUAAUGAAAUAUUAAACUAUAUAGCUUCAGCUUUUUUAAACAUAAUCCUUGUUCUUAAUAUCAUAUACCUUUAAAUUUUUCUCUUUUAUUAUCAAAUUUCCAUUUCUUUAAACAUCUUUAAUCUUUAAUCUUUAAUCUUAAUCUAUCCUUAGCUUUAACCUGUACAACUGGAAACCACUUAUUUUCAAUCCAACAUCACUCUAACAUUCCUUAAUUUUGCAGUGUUUCUGAAGAUAGUCUUUGAAUUUCUUCCAAUCUUCCUCCAUCGACUCUUCUCCCAGCCACUCUAGGCAGCUCACAGCAUAUCUAAAAACAUAAAACACCAGGCAUUAAAAACUUCCCUAAACAGGAUUGACUUUAGAUGUCUUCUAAAAGUCAGAUACAGUGGUGCCUCGCAAGACGAAAAGAAUCCGUUCCGCGAGUCUUUUCGUCUUGCGGGUUUUUUCGUCUUGCGAAGCAAGCCCAUUAGCGGUUUAGUGGAUUAGCGCUACAGUAUUAGCGGCUUAGCGGGCUUAGCGGAUCAGCUGAUAAGCUGCUUAGCGAUCAGCUGUUAAGCGGCUUAGGAUCAGCUGAUAAGCGGGCUAACGAUCAGCUGAUAAGCGGCUUAGCGAUCAGCUGUUAAGCGGCUUAGCCGAUCAGCUGAUAAGUGGUUUAGCGGCUUGGGGAAAAGGGGGGGAAAAGGAAAAAAACCCCGCAGGAACUCGCAAGACAUUUUCAUCUUGCGAAGCAAGCACAUAGGAAAUUCGUUUUGCGAAGCACCUCCAAAACGGAAAACCCUUUCGUCUAGCGGGUUUUCCGUCUUGCGAGGCAUUCGUCUUGCGGGGCACCACUGUAGUUGCUUAUUUCCUUGACAUCUGAUGUGAGGGCAUUUCACAGGGUGGGUGCCACUACCAAGAAGGCCCUCUGCCUGGUUCCCUGCAACCUCAAUUCUUGCAGUGAGGGAACCAGCAGAAGGCCCUCGGAGGAGGACCUCAGUGUGCGGGCUGAACAAUGGGGGUGGAGACGCUCCUUCAGAUAUACUGGGCUGAGGCCAUUUAGGGCUUUAAAGGUCAGCACCAACACUUUGAAUUAUGCUCAGAAACGUAGUGGGAGCCAGUGAAGAUCCAGAUAAAGAGAAUCCUCCCAACAAUAGGUUCUAUAUUUUAUAUUAUUUCUGUUUAAAUAUGUUGUUACCCACUCUAUAUUUGGGGUAGGUGAGCUGCAAAUAUAAAUAAAUAAGCAACCAUUCCUCCUAUCAAAAUAACAAAAAAUGUAAUAUUUAUAUGAUGCAAACUAUUCAAAUUGAAUAGUAGAAACAAAGAAGUAAACGUAUCAAUAUACUGUAUGUAAUAUAUUUAAUAACUUAAAUAGAUAAAACAGAGUCAACAUCUUUUCAAUUAUCUCAUUUCUUUAGGAGACAUCAUCAUCUUCAGACAGUCAUCUACUCACAUUCAAAUGUAUACAACCUUUGGGCUGGAGCUGGUAAUUCAAGUUAGUCCAGUGUUUCAAGUUUAUAUUAAAGUUGGACUUCAGUUCAAAGACAAUACCCGAGGUAAAGUACCUGGUUUCUGUUGAACUAUUCCAGAUCUGAUCUGGAAAUAGUUUGUGAGAUGAGAUCUAGCAUAGCCUGGGGACACCUUUAAAUUGUGACCACUCCAUACUAGAUUAUACUUGACCUCUAGGGGACAGUCAUUCACCUGUCUACCACACUAGUAAGGGGUGGAGAAACACUAUAUCAUUUUUAAUUGUUUUUGAUAUUAAUAAUAAUAAUAAUAUCUUUAUUGUCAUUGCCCCCUUCGGGGACAACGAAAUUACUUGUAUUGUAUUUUAUUGCAUUGUAUUUGUAUUGUAUUGUAUUGUAUUGUAUUGUAUUGUAUUUUAAAUUGUAACUCAUCCUGGGACCUCAUGGUGACCAGAGGGUAAGAAAUCUUAAUAAUCAUAAUUAUAGUAACGCCUCUGCACUUGGGUGGAAACUAGUUCAGAGAUUCAAGCAGACUGUUAAAAAUGUUUUAGCUUCUACAAUUCAAUGCAGCUUUUUGGGCAGACCAGAACUUCUUUGCUCCAGGGCCUACAGAUACUUUAUGGAGAGGAAACCUGUGGCUUUCACAUUGCUACCUAUAUUAGGCAUAUAUAGUACAGGUAUAAUUCACAGGCCUGCCAUAGAAUUAACAAGAGACUUUUCAGUGUUACUGUAGAAAAAUGCUCCUAGCUUUUCAUUCUGCACAUCUCUUUCCAUGUCACUAGGGCUGUGUGGUAACUACAACGGAGAAACCACAGACGACUUCAUGACCAGCAUGGAUAUUAUUGAAGGAACAGCUCCUCUCUUUGUGGAUUCUUGGAGAUCAGGAAAUUGCCCCCCUGCCAUAGAAAGAGAUACAGAUCCUUGUUCUAUGAGUCAAUUAAACAGUAAGUGACAUGGUCUGCUUUUGUAUGCGCUCUCUUUUAUUCUAUUUAUUUCAGCAUUUUAAAUAUUAAAUACAUUCAAGGCCAUGGCAGGAUUCUGAAAAUGAGCUGUAGAAUUUUUGUCUUGCUUUCAGUAUAUGAGGGACAGAGGGAGUAAUUAUGAACAGGAACCCCUGCAGUUUUUUGUUUUACCUAUUCGCAUCUCCCUGAGCUGCUUUGGAGAUCAGAGAAGUGGUGCUCUGGGAAGGAGGCAUUAUCAACAAAUGCAAAAUGUGAAAGGGGAACAUUAAUGCUGCAUCAUUUAAAAAGUCACUGUGGGCUGUAUCCUUGAGGGUGCCUCUCAGAUUGAUGAGCAUGAAAGAGGCAGCCAAGAGCCAUUUGUGUUAGUUUUAAAAUGUACACAUUCUAUAAUCAUUGUCAAAGGAAGAUGACAAAUGAGAUUCACUUUACUUCUUGGAUGUCCAUGAAAAGCAUAACAAAAUAACAGCAUUUGUCACAAGUAUUCAGGUCGGCCAUAAAAUUGUCUAUUGGUAUAAGGUAAAGGUAAAGGGACCCCUGACCGUUAGGUCCAGUUGUGAACGACUCUGGGGUUGCGGUGCUCAUCUCGCUUUAUUGGCCGAGGGAGCCGGCAUACACCUUCCAGGUCAUGUGGCCAGCAUGACUAAGCCGCUUCUGGCGAAACCAGAGCAGCGCACGGAAACGCCAUUUACCUUCCCGCCAGAGCGGUACCUAUUUAUCUACUUGCACUCUGACGUGCUUUCGAACUGCUAGGUUGGAAGGGGGCUAUUGGUAUAGCCACUGGCUAUUAUUCAUAGAAUCAUAGAAUUGUAGAGUUGGAAGGAAUGUCAAGGGUCAUCUAGUAGCCCAAUGCCCUGCAAUGCUGGAAUCCUUUCUACAGCUGUUUCUGAAUGAGCUCAAGCCACCAACCGUCUGGUUAACAGCCAGGCACACUGACCCACUGCACCACAGGACUUGUUUUAUCUCCCCCCUUAUUUGUACACAUCUUUUAAUAUUAGCUUGGGAAUAAGUGAACUUGCCUAAUACCUUUGGUUGUAUCUUUUUGUCUAGAAAUGUGUGCCGAGACCCAUUGCUCUGUUCUUAUCAAGAAAGAAACAGUAUUUGAGAAAUGUCAUUCUGUGGUGAAUCCUGUUCCAUUUUAUAAGGUAGGGGUUUCUGUAAAAUGUUCAGAAGACAGCAACUAGAUGUUCAGAUGUGAACUAGAUGUGAAAAUGCUUUUUUAAAAAAAAAGUUUUGAAAAAUACAUUGAAUUUGGCAUAGCUCACUGUUGCCAUCUAGUUGCACAUUUGCAUACUGCACUUUACAGCACAUUUAAAACGUUUAUUUGCAGCUGUAUAACUGAGUCCCAGGUAAUUACAAAGUUUGUAAACAUCAGAAAAAGUUGUAUUCCCCUCCCACUGCCAAAAUGACAUCCAACUUCCAGCUGAAAUCCUGUAACUUUUUAUAUCACAAAUAUUCUGGUUUUUGUUUGUCCCAGUUUUGUUGUGCAGUAACCCUUCUGGACAUAAAUAAUGUGGUAGCACCAGGGAAGCAUUGCAGAACGAACUUAUUACUUCCAAGAGGAACUUAGCCAUGGCCAGGGUAGUAUCAUUUGACAUAUCUCCAAGGAGGUACUUAAGAUAGAUGGUUUUGGAUUUUCCAAUUAAGUUUACCAAUAGAGGUUUAAUUAACUGAUUCCGGGCUUGUUUGAACGGCUCACAGUGUAGUAGGAUAAGCUUCAUAGAGUCGACACCCUGAGAACAUGAGCAGAGUAAGUUCUGAUAGGGUAUGCCAGACAGUCUGCCAUUUAGUACUUUUGAUGGAAAUACAUUUAGUCUGGCUUUGGUGAAUAAUUGGCAAUAGUUAGGUACAGAUAGAUUCAUGAAAUAUGAUGGUCACUGAAAAUCAUGGCCAUAGUAGAUUCCAGAUGCAAACAUUCCACAGAUUACAUAAGAUCAAGAGCGAAGAUAACUGUAUGAAAUAUCCCAUAACCUCUGCCUCAGGAUUUAAAGGCAAUAUCGUAGCCCAAAAAGACGGUGAAAGACCUUUAGAGAAGGCUUUUAAUAAGAAAUAGAAACCUACAUGCUCUGCAUAAGAUAUAGUGACUGCCAUGGAAUCCUUUCCCUGUAUUUCUGUUUUAUUUUGAGAAUGCUUUUGUGGGUCUUUGGACCAAAAUAAAGAAUGUAAAUAUCUAAACUAAAACAGAAUAAAUCCACCACAAACGUUGCAGAACACAUGCACAAUGGAACACCAGUCUGGAGGGACUCAGAAUAGGGCUGUGUGAAAGAGCUGACCCAGAUCACCAAAGAUAGCACUUUUAUAUAAUCUCAGUUGCAAUACUUUUCAAUACAAUCAAGUGAUGUACACGCACUGACAAACCAUUUCAUGAUCUACAGUCAGCAGUUCUGAUUGCUUAUUAACAAAACAUAUCCUGCCUCUUUGUUUUCAGAGAUGUAUAUACCAAGCCUGCAACUAUGAGGAAACCUUUCCCUAUAUUUGCUCCGCUCUGGGAUCAUACGCCCGUGUGUGUGCUUCAAUGGGACUGUUUCUUGGGAACUGGCGGAGUACAGUAGACAACUGCAGUAAGUAGUCUCCAACUGAUACUUAUAGGGAUUUGAGAUCUAGCCCCAGCAAACUAGAGCUGGCUGCAGCCCUGCCUUAAACCCUGCUCCAUGAUAAAUGGCAGGACUAUUUUUUAAGUGAUUACAUUUAGAUAACUGAGAGCACAUGCACACAAAUGAUCCUGCAUAUAACAUACAUCCUUACUUACUGCGCUUAGGGAAGGAAGCAUUCACUUAGGAACCUUGUGUCUGACCUAACCCAUAUAAUAGAUAUAGUCCCCACUCAUAAAACAAGAAACAGGGACAUUUAAUUCCAUAUGCUUAAAGUCAAGCACGCAGGUGGUCUACUCUAGCGAACUGUGAAAUUUCCCCUCAUUACGCUGCUCACGUAAGCACUAUUUAAGGAAGAGAGUGCCUGGCUGAUCGUUGGAACCAAUACAGGGUUAAGCAUGUUUUGUUGUCCUCUGAGAACUUUCUGCAGACCUUCUAGCUACUGCACCAUCAGCAGUCUAACUAGUAAAAGAGGAGUAAGAUUUUGUCUCUCCCAGAGACUUCCGACUUGCUUCACUGAACUGCCAACUGUUCCCUGCAUGAGACAGAAGUAUGAUGGGGGAAGAAUAUCUCACCAGCUGAAAGCAAAAACCUAAUUGUAUUAUACUUUUUUUCUACUGACAGCCAUUUCUUGUACUGGAAAUCAGACAUUCAGCUACAACACUCAAGCCUGUGACCGGACAUGCCUGUCCCUCUCCCAUCGAGGCCUAGAGUGCCACCCCACUGACAUCCCUAUUGACGGCUGCAAUUGUCCAAAAGGCACCUAUCUCAAUCACAAAAAUGAGUGUGUCCGUAAAUCCCAGUGCCCUUGCUACUUGAAAGACAGGAAGUUCAUUCAUGCUGAUCAGUCGACCAUAAUUGGUGGAAUUACCUGGUAAGCAUGGGCUACAGCAAAUGAGGAUUUUGCAUUGGCUCUGUUAGCACAUUGGUGUUUCCUCAAAGGCAUGGUCUUACAGGAAAAGUAAACACUGGCAAUGGUGGUGGUGGGGCGGUAGUUCAGAAAUGUUAUGGUUGCAGUGUUGUUUGUGUAUGUCAAACACCCUGAAAGGAAUUAAAAGUAUUAAAGGGCAUUAUAAAAGUAUGGCAAGUGGGUGCGGGAGGCAAAAUCUCUUCAACAAAUAGCAUUAUAGGGGAGUGAGGCAACAUAAAUUAAACAGACACCUAAUGUUUAUGGAGUUGAGAAAGGAACCCUCAAUAUCCUGUUGAAAAUAAAACAAAUUUCAUCAAAGAUAUUUCUGAGCUUUAAGAGAAAAAGGAAAUGUAAAAUAACUAAAAUCCGCUUAAUUGUGUCCCAUUCUUGUCCCACUUUGAAGAGGUAUGUUGUAGGCAUAGGCCUACAUAUCUGAAAUAUGAAAAGCACAACGAAGUCCAAAGGUAUAGUCUUUGAUCUCUGGUCUAAAGGUACAUGGCAGAACUACCUUGCUGAAUCUAAGUCGGGCUAGGCCUCUUUAGUGUCUUUAUGGGAGACUGCACCCUCAAGUUCCAUCAUGGUGGGUUAUAAAUGUAACGAAUAAAAUAAUACUGCUAUUAGCAUGGGAGGUAUUUGGAGCACACUUGUGGAACCAAUUAAGGAGGUAGACUGAAAUAUCUUACCUCUUACCUUUUAUUAACCCUUUACUGAUCCCCAUCCACUCCAUUGCCAUCUUUGUUAUUUCCAUCUAACUGUCAUUGUCAUGUCACUUCUACAUUCUGUAUAGCAUUUACCAUAUAACUGAUGUUUUCUUUACUUGCUUGCUUACUUAAGUUUUAUCCUGCUUCUUCCCAAGGAUUUGGGCCAGAUAACGAUUGUUAAUAAUAAAUCAAUAAUAGCCAGUAUUAAAUCUGUUUUAUUCCACAUCUGUUGAACUCCUAAUUACUGAAUGCCAGCCCAAAGAGAAAACCUGAUAAGCUCUUUUGGAAGGUAUUCCAGCUCAGACAUACUUGAUCUCAAACAUUCCCUUAGUGUAUUCUUAUGUUCAUUUUUCUAUUCUAGCUAUUGCAUUAAUGGGAAUCUGAGUUGUACUGGCAAACCUGCUGACCCUGCAGGUAUGGAUCUCUUUACCCUUUCUUUUGAAAAGCAUGCUUUCCAAAUGUUGCAGAAACAUCAUUUCACAAGCAUCUUAUUUCCUUUUUCCUAGAAAACUGCAAGCCUCCCAAAAAAUAUAUUUCAUGCUCAGCACCUUCAGAAAGCAAAUAUGGAGCUGCCUGUGCACCAACCUGCCAAAUGCUGGCUACUGGAAUUGCAUGUGUAAGUUCAAUACUUUUGCUACCAUCAUUAUUAUUAUUUAUUGAAUUUAUAUACCGCCCUAUACCAAGAGGUCUUAGGGCGGUUCACAGAAUAAAAUCAAAAUUAAAAUAUAUAUAUAAUCAUUGUGAUUAUCAUCAGCAUGCAAUAAUUUGUAGUACUUAAUUUGCCAAAUGCUCUCAUUCUUUGCUAUGAAAUUAAAACCAUGUAUUGAAACACUCGUAGUGUAACAAAACUAACACAGAGCAGUGAAAACAGUGUAUAACCGAUUUUUUUUUAUGAGAUAAUAGGCAUAAAUAGAAAAAAAUAGCAGGAAUUUCACAACUACCUUUAUGCCAUUCCGGGAGGCAGGGAGACAUCACUCCAGGCUUAGUGCUAGUUUGAAUUCCAGCCUCCACAAUCUGGUGGCUCCUUAAGGGUUAUUACAAUGAUGUUUCCAGAAGUGUGGGAGACCAGAAUUUCCCCCCAGUUGAUAACUUGAAUUGGUGUUGGGGCUGUGCAAUCUCUCACUUUGGGGACUGCAAGCUUCUCACCAUAAGUAAGGAAGAUGGGAAGAACUUUCCCACCUCCUUUUGGGCACACACUGCAGUAGAAGCUCAGUGAGUGAAAGGCAGACCUGGAACCUGAGGGCCACCAUAGUCCACUUGUAGAACUCAAACAUGGGCAGGAAAAUUCUGGCUCAGGCUCUUAGAAUGCAACCCCAUACCUACUGAUCUCAGAGUAAGUGCCAAUAAAUUCAAUCAGACAUAUGCCUGAGUAGGCAUACAUAUGAUUGCACUGUUGACCUCAUUAGGCCAGCUCCCAAUAUGUACCUCACUUUUAGACUUAGCUGGGAUCCUUCACAAUAUCUGUAUAAUAAAAAUCACAACUUUAUCCUAAAUACUUUAUAUACAUGCAGAUUUCCUUUAAAUGUUCUCCCAGUCAUAAGGCAAUGACUUAGAAAACACCAGGUCUGAGUAUGCCCACAAUUUUGUUCUCACCUUUCUAUUCUCACCCCAUCACUCACAUACUUAUUUAUGGUUGCUGCAUAACAGCAUUGAGCAGGAGAACCUGGUGCCCUCCAGAGUUUGCUGGACUACAGAUCCCAUCAUAUUUGGCUCGUGGCUAUGCUUGCAGGUGCUGUUGGGAGAUGGGUGUCCAGCAACAUCUGAAGGGCCACAGGCUAAGAGCAACCUUAUGGUUGGCUGGUGUUGGGCUGGACUUUGCAUAUCUCAAAGUCUGAGUUUGAGAUUGGCUGAUGUUUUCCAGGUCCCCAGCAAGUGUGAAUCAGGCUGUGUUUGUGCUGCUGGACUAUAUGAAAAGCUAGAUGGUACAUGUGUGCCACCUGAUGAGUGUCCCUGUGAAUAUGGUGGCAUCUCAUAUGCAAAAGGAGAGGAGAUUCACACUGAAUGCAAGUCCUGGUAAGAUUUUUUUUUUUUGCUUUCAUCCCUUUGGCUAUACCAUGCAAGUAUGCUAUUCAAAUGAUAGUUAACAAGCUUAGAAAACAUCAUAUCUGAGCAUCCACAUAAUUCUAUUACAUAUAUUGCUUGUGCCAGCUGCCCUGAAACAUAGUUAAACUAAAUAUGGGACUUUGGGAAAUCUAAGGUAACAUCACAUGAAGGCAUCAAGGAAUAAUGCUUACCCAAUAUUGUGCUACCUUUAAUUGCAUUUGAAGGCUUUAUGACAAGUUUCUUGUUCCUCAUCAGCACCUGCACAAGAGGAAAAUGGAAAUGCAUCCAAAAUUCCAGAUGCUCUUCAACAUGCAGUCUCUAUGGGGAAGGCCAUAUCACCACGUUUGAUGGACAACGUUUUGUGUUUGAUGGCAACUGUGAAUACAUACUAGCUAUGGUAAUAUCACUUUGACUGCACUUACAUGCCAUGAUGCUAAUGAUCAGUAUAAGCAGAUUUGAAUCAAUAUGGCACUUCAAAUCAAGGCUUGCAGUUCAAAGAGUGUCUUAAGGUAGAACAAAAUUGGUCUCAAAUAUUUUACAACUAUAAUCUUAAAAAUAGGAAGUAGAUGAACUCAUAUGGCCUUUGUUCCCUAAAUUCAGCUUCAGGGUUUGAAGUGUAACCAGAUCUUCUCUGCAAAAAGUAGAUCAGAAUCUACUGGUAGAUCUCUGGGUAGUUUGCAGUAGAUCAGCAAGGGUUUCUGAUUCUGAGUUAUCCAAUAAUCCUACCCAUGCUCUGCAUUUUAAAUCCUUACAUACAUGUUGCUAUCUAAUGGUACUUAGACUGUACUUCUCUACCUAGGACGGUUGUGGCAUGGGUGGCUCUCCCCAUCAUUUCAAAAUAGUGACUGAAAACGUUGUCUGUGGAAAUACAGGGAUCACAUGUUCCAGAGCAAUCAAGAUCCACCUUGGGGUAAGGAUGAAACGUUGUUGUUAUGUGAUAUUUACUCAUCUGUACCACACUGGAAAUAAUUUCCUAACACCCUUCAAGGAAACUGAUUGAUCACUCUUGUCAUCCCAGCACUCUGCCAUCCUCUAGUAUCAAGGCACUAUAAACUAACAUACAGCUGUUGGGCCUGAGAUUCAAAUUUUCCAGUCUGAAGAAGCAGAGCCUGGCCAACUCUAUCAUUAGGCAGAGUGUGGCAGCCACCUAAGGCAGCAGAUUUUGGUUGCUUCGGGGUGUAAUAUAGAACCAUGUUCCAUCUCCAGAUUUAAAGUAAAAUUCAACUGCCAAUGCAGCUACCUGGGAGGGCAGGGAUACAUUUUGUCUUUUGUUUCAGAUGGCAAAAUAUAUUGGGCCAGCCCUGUGUACACCUAAGUUAUGGAGACACUAACUGGAUACUUCAUUAUAGGUGGGAUUUUAUCCUAUGUGUAUUAAACUAUAGAUUGCAAAGACCCAGAGAGAACUAUCUUAUAACAGAAUCAUUCUAGUUUUAUACUCAUUCCCUAUGUGUAAUAGGGAAUUGUGGGUAAAUUCCUCAAAGGCAGAUAUGACCAUUCGCCUUGUACACUGCUUGUACUUGUGCACUGCUUGGCGUAUCUUUUAGGGGAAGAGGUUUAUAAUUUUUCUAAAUAAAUAAAAGUUUACAAACUCUUUCCACUAAAAACAUUAAAUAUCUUUGCAAGAUAAUAUCAUUUCAGUUAAGGGCUUGACUGGGUUGGGCUCUGGAGAAGAGAGAAGAGGGAUAGAUUGUUAUACAGCAGGUGUUCACUAGGAUCUCCUCACACCUUGUUGGUAAAUUUUCUGCUGUGAGCCACCCUGAGAUCUACAGAUGGAGGCCGGUAUGCAAAUUAAAAAAGAAUAAAUUAAUAAAAAUAAUAUUGUGAACUGUUCACUCUUUUGUAGCCAAAGGCUAAACCGAAGGGGGUGAGGAAUGGAGAUGUUUAAUGAGUUUUGGGUGAUUACCUUUCUAAAGGAAGAGCAGCAAAGUUGUAGACAGCACCCUAGAAGUGUCUGUGUGUACUGUAUAGCAGUCUUGAAUUGUCUGCAAGUCUCUUUUGUUAAAAAAAGAUUGAUUAGGCUCCUCCCAUAGAGCUGCUAAAACACAGACCAAAUUACAUUGCACACAAGUAAAUGACUCAUUUUUGCAAAAGUCUACAGAAAUUCUGUUAGAUAGCUUUUCUAGUCACAUGUUAUUUUCCUUGCAGAAUCUGACAAUCACUUUGGCAGACAGAACAUACACUGUCUCUGGUUGGAAUCCUAUGACAGAGUUCUUUAUAGAAGAGAAUGCCCUCCACUUGAUUAUUGAGAUUGCAAUCCCUGGCAAAUAUGACAUGUCCCUUGUCUGGAACAGGCACAUGAACAUAUUCAUCAAAAUAUUCAGAGGAGCAAAGGUAAUAAAUAACCUCUUACCAUGGGGCUUCAGGGGUGGCCCUUUGCUGACCAGCGCAGCUGCAGCACAGACAGUGGGGAGCUAGGAGAAUUGUUCAUCCUUGCAGCCAGAAGGGGACAUUAGAACUUCUACUGUCACAUGAUGUGAAAGAGGCCCGUGAUGUGAGUCAAUCAUGUCAAGGCUUGUAAGUCAGGUAGAGGCAGUGACCUGGCCCAAACCAGCUCUACCUUUUCCCUAUAAAAGGGAAUGGUGCUUGGACUCCGGCUCUUUUGAUGAUACUGGAUUUCCCACCCUCCCACCCUAUUACAUGGUGGUUCUGCCCAAAGGUGAGUGGGUUGGAUUGUGUGAGCAGCUUGCUAUGGAAUGCUCGGUUACCCUAUUUGGGGCCAGGGAGGAAUUUUUCCCUGCUGGCUAAUUGGUCUGCCUGCCGGUUUUUCACCUGUCUCAUAGCAAAUGAAACAACUUGGGCAGAUAAGUCAUUGAGUUUGGCUCUUUAGCAUUUGGGUACCCUGCUAAAAGGGUGUAGGAAGAAGUAUUGCUGCCCAGGAGCCCACACAGGGGCAGCCCUGGAGGGAGCAUCACACUCUAAUGUACGCCAGGGGGCAACCUUCUUUUUAGGGUCAACCCACUUCAUUAUCAACCAAUUGGAUGGUUGAUCUCAGUGCCUUCACCAAAACUUGCUUACAUCUAUAAUCAGUAAAGCUGUGGCCUAUUUCAACCCAAUGCCAAUGUCCUGUGUCUUAUUUAACAUGGCUGCCCCCAACACUGGGCAGCACACUCCACACAACUGGGCAUGCAAUGUGUAGCCAAUUCCUAAUCCGUUGUUUCUUUGCCUUUCUUGGGAAAGGCGAAUAAAGCUGAAUGGGAAGUUGCAGUGCCAAAAUUUGUUUUAAGCAGAAAUUUCUGAGGAAGAUUUAUCACAGGCUAGUCUCCGCAGAGAAGUGAUAAAACAGACACUCUUUGCAGUUCCAUUUUUCAUAUGUUUUUUUACAAGGCAAAGUGACUGUGGGUCAUGUCAGAUUGAGCAGGAAACUGGAGGUGGGACUAUUUCUUUGUCAGGUGUUUCUCUGCUCAGAAUCAUACUCCAGCUGCUUUUCUAAGGGAAGAAAGAGAUGUGGGGGAACUCGUAUACAUAUAUCUCCCCUCCAAAUCGGAAAGCAAUGCAGGGGAUAAUUUUAAACAGAAGAGUUGUCAAAGAAAGGACUAAACAGAUCCUCUCUCUCCACUCGGCUCCACCAUCACUGGUCAUCCACUCAAUAUCAAGUUACUCACAUGGCUCAUUUACAUUUUAAAAGGUUCCCUUUUUAUGUUUUGUUCUGACGUCCAUAACUUUUAUUUUUAUUUUACUCGAACCUAGGAUCACCUCUGUGGUUUAUGUGGUAAUUACAAUGGGAAUAUAAGAGAUGACUUUGAAACUCGAAGCAAAUAUGUGGCAUCCAAUGAACUGGAGUUUGUGAAUUCCUGGAAAGAGAAUCCCCUUUGUGGGGAUGUGUUCUUUGUGGCGGAUCCAUGCAGUAACAACCCCUAUCGCAAAGCAUGGGCAGAAAAGAAGUGCUCCAUUAUCAACAGUCAAGUAUUUGCUUCCUGCCACAGCAAGGUAAAAGUUUAUCCUAUGCUUUAAGAUAGUAACAUUGCCUCUUCAAGUGCUAACAUUUCCACCUAUGCAUGCUUCCAAAUGCCAGAUGCCUUUUUAUUGUUUUGAAUUGAUGUAUUUAAUUAUGUAUUUAUCUACUUCUUUCAAAAAAAAAUCCUUCCUUUACAGUGGAGGUGGGGAGGUAGAUUGGGACGAAUCACCAGCGUGAUUGUGCACAGAUCAGGCCUAAUGCUGACCAUGAGCCCCACCCUCAGAACGCCCCAUUUUGGCUUGGCCAGCAGAGAUACUACUGGUGGGCCUCCCCAGCCCACCCCAAUGCAGGCAGUGGAAGAAGGAGGUCUCCAUCAAUGGAGUGACAUGAGUGUCACUCUAUUGGCAUCAGGUGGGAGAAGUCUGGCUGAGCCAGUGGAAGCCCACAGAGAGAUGCUUCCACUCAAUCCAUCACCAGCCCUGAACCCAGCAUAAGGUGGGGGUUUGAAUUGCAGCCUAAACCGUUAAAAUAUUACAAUAAUAAAAGAUCGGCAGUUAAAACAACACAGAGAAUCACAGAGAAAAAUCCAGCAGUGCUUUCAUGAAGUGAUUGAAAUUAACAGUGCAGUCUUAUACAUGUCUCCAUAUAGAAGUAAGCACCAAUGAGUUCAAUGAGCCUUAUUCCCUGGUAAGUGUGCAUAGGAUUGCAGCCUGGUAGAGCAAACCAACUGUGGUGGGAGAGGAGAAUUUGUAGCCUAGGAAGCACCAUAGCCAAGCCCUCUCAGUCUUGUAUUGGCUAUGGUGGAUCUGGGGUGGGGGCGCUGUUCUUCCCCAGCAAUGCCAGUGUUCUCAUCUUUGUUUGUUUUACAUUUUCCUCCCAUUGGUUCCUCUGGAAGGGAAAUUUGCUAGGCCAAAUAUCAUUCUCUGUCCAUACAGCAGAUGAUACUGUAAAGCGGAUGUGUGGUUUGAUUAGCGGAUAUUGCUUGUUUGGUCCCACUGAAAAUGUAAGGAUGAACUUUUAAUUAACACCAACUUUCUGGUUUGGCUUCAUUGUUCUUUCCCUGCCCCAGGUGUACCGCAGGCCUUAUUAUGAAGCUUGUGUCCGGGAUUCAUGUGGCUGUGACACAGGAGGGGACUGUGAGUGCAUGUGUGAUGCUGUUGCAGUGUAUGCAAAAGCAUGCUUAGAAGCUGGCGUCUGUGUUGACUGGAGAACCCCAGACUUCUGCCGUAAGUUUCUUAACAAUGCCUCUUUUAAAGUGUGCUGGGUUUCUUAAAAUGCAUUGAUACUUCUAUAUGUUAAUAAUAUUCAGAACUGGAUAAUACCUAUUAAGUUUGCUGACUGCUAAAACUAUGGAGCAGGAAGCAUUAUAUUUUUAGAGCAGUGUUUUCAUAAAGCGUAUCAACCCUCUGAAGUCGAUUCAAUGAGAAGAUAAAUAAUUGUGGCCAGCUGCCAUCACUACAAGCAGCUUGUCCUCUCUGUCAAGCCUCUCUUGCACAGUGCAGAUGUAGGAGUGCCUUUAAUGUUUUCUAGGUGCAGCUGCAGCCACAGGUAAAUUAUUAGCACAUUUUUUGCGCAGUUGUGCAACAAUGAAGCAUAUGAAGCCUACCCCUUCAAUCAUGCCAGUUUCUCAGUGCAGCAUUUCACAUGCAGAAAUUUAUCAGUGGACAAUCUGAUUUGGGACAGAAUCCCUGGAGCUAGGAAGUUUUAAAUCCAGUCUUGGCACAUGACAAAAAACUGGAUUCCACAGAGAUUUCUUUACAUCUCAAGUCAAAGUACAGCCAAAACCAUCUGGUCCACUGCCAAAGACAUGGCCAAGACAUUCUUCAUUUAUGUAAAGAAGCCUUGCUCUUCUAGAUUUCUUCAACACUGCAGCACCAAUAUACCCCAGGAUGGAUUAUGGAAGCAUUCAGUGACCCAGUUUGCAUGUAAACCUAAGCCAGAUCAUGGCUUAAUGCAAAUGUGUGAGCAUGCAGAUUUCUGGAAAGGAAUUCACAGCUGGUUAGGCCUUCCUCCAGUGCUGCUGCGAGGUAAGCCAUGGUGUGGCUUUGCAUGCCAUCAGAAUCCAGGCUCACAGUUUGUUUCACCAUGUUGUAACCAAGGAUUUUUGUCCUUGGUUUACAACUCAGGGUUUGUCUGGAGACCACAAGCCUGGGCUCAGACAACAUCCUAAGCCAGAGCAUGGCUGGCUUGACAGCAGCAGCAGGACAGAAGAAAAAAAAAAACAGUAGUGAUCUCCUCUUCAGGAAACUGCACCCUUGCACAUUUGUGCUAAACUAUGGUUUGGCUUAGUGUUGUGACUGUUGCAUGCAAACUGAGCCAGAGUGAGAAUAUGGCCAAAACCUUCAAGGAUGAAAUCAAGUAUAACAUAAGAAACAGAUAAUGAAGAUCUUUCACUAGAUGCUUCCAUCUUUAAAUGAGUUUGCCACAGGGGAAAACAAUGCAAUGUUUCUCCAGUGUGCUAUUUUUUCAUUUAGGAAAUGUAAGUGGAUAGAUUGAAUAACAAUCACUUUCUCAUCUCUUUAGCUGUCUACUGUGACUAUUUCAACAGCCAUAAGAAGAAUGCCAUGGAUGGCACCUAUCAUAACUUUGUUAAUGAACUGAAUUGCACCUGGCAUUAUCGUCCUUGUAAAUGUCCAUACCAGCUACUAACCUUCAGAGAAAUAAACAUCGAAGGUAUUUCCCCCCCUACUUUUAAAAAACAGAAACCGUGCUAGCAGUGGCGGAGCUUCAUGCUUCAGCACCGGGGGGUGGAGAUCAGGCAGGGUCGGGGGUGGCGUGCGUCUCGGGGGGCAUGACGCACUGCCUGCAGGGGCAUGGCGCACGUCCUGGGGGCAGGGCACACCUCCUGCAGGGGCGUAGCGCCCAGCGCAGGGGGGGCUAGCCACGAUGGCACCCUACUGGGAUCGCGCUGCCGGGGGCAGUGCACUCCUCUUCCUCCGCCAGUGUGUGCUAGAUAUUAUUGAUAGGAAACUAGUAGUAAGUAGGCAAAAUGCUUUUGUAAAUCUUUUACAAAACAAUUUGUAGGAAAUAAUAGGCCUGAAUUCAUGGUUGGAAAUGUGGGUUUAUAGCUGGUUCUCUAAGACUGACUUAUACAUUACAGGAAUUCUUCUUUCUGAAACCUUCUUCUGAGACUAGUGUUUACCUAAAACUUUUGCUAUAUGCAUGAUGAACAAUAUUUCUUCUUUGCUCCUAGGCUGUUACAACUGUUCAGAGCAUGACUACUAUAAUCCUAAGGAGAAAAAAUGUGUGCCUUGUAGCGGUAGGUUAAAAAGUCCACUUUCAAAUUCCUUGCUUCCAACAUUUCCUAUUUUAAGAAGCAUCAUUUAUAGUGAAAUCCUUUGCAUGUUUACUGAUUUCAUUGGGACUUUUUCCCUAAUGUGGAUAAUAUACAUAGGAUGACACUCUUAUUUAACCGUCUUAUUUAAGACUCUUAUUUAACCAGAGGGCCUCUUAAAGCUGCCAUUGCAUUAUCUUCACUUAUUCAUUUGUUUGUUCUUAACUUUAAGAAAUGUACUGUACUAUGUCUACUAGAGUCUAAAGUUUAGGUGAUUCAGGAAUGAUGUGUAUACAGUGGUUGAUGAAAAAGUAGUAAAAUUAUAAUUAGCUAGGAUUAGAACAUCCUGAUAUUGCAUACCCUAGUCCCAAACUCUAACCACUAUACCACAAUAAAUUAAAACUUCUCAAAUUACUUAAAUCCUGGAAUUCUAGAUUACUUCUUCAUAUGCAAAGUUGUACUUUUACUAUUGAAAUAGGAGGAAAAAUAUAUUAUUUGCAGAAAUCCUCAUUAUGGAAAAAGUAUAUAGCUGAAAUAAUAAUAAUAAUAAUAAUAAUAAUAAUAAUAAUAAUAAUAUAGCAGUGGUUAGCAUCACAAUACCAUCAACAAAUUCACUUAACAUUCAGUAAUUUUUCUACACAAAUGUUGCUUCCAUGCAAGAAAACUAAAUAUGUAAAAGUCUAUAUUUAUAUAUACGUUUUUCUGUUGCACAACUCACAUUUGUCUUUUCACCAGGUCCAGUUUCCCCAACUCCUCCAUUACCAACAACAAGUGAGUAUAAGAUUUUGAAAUGUAUAUUUCAAACUAUGUAACACUGAAUGUAAUGUCUAUUUUGUAUAGGGAUGAGAAAUGAUCCAUUUGCCAAUAUUGCAUAGCAAUAAUGGUGAUUAUGAUGAUGAAGAGAAGACACAGAUAUGAUGAUCUAUCAAAUAAAAUCCACUGGGGGGAAUCAGAAUUAUUUACAUGAAUUAGAUUGGAUUAAGCAGAUGAUCAGAGCAUAUUGCACAUGCAGUCCUCUUCAAUACUUCAUCCGUACUUUUGCAUGCUCUUGUCAAUUCUGUGGUAUGGACGAGUAAGAAAUCUUCAUCAUAGAAAAGUAUAGCUAGUAUAAUUUACUACUACUACUACUACUACAGAGGUUCCCAUCACAACACCAUCAACAAAUGUAAGAGUUGGUUCACAUUCAAUGAAUUUUCUACACAGAUGUAACUUCCAUGUGAACUCUGUAUCUAUAUGGGUUUUUUGUUGCACAAUUGUAACUGACAUGUGCAACAUGCGACUUGGUGAAACAAGUGUUUACUGUAUGUGAUGUGUCCACAUGGUCUCCUGCCACUAAAGUUAUUUGCAUAUAGAGGAUCAAAAUGAAAAACACUCCUAAAACACUCGACCCCUUUGAUUUUAUAAAACAUUGCAUAUUCCAUUUUAUACUCACUGCUACAUUGCACUCACAGUUUUAUACUUACUAUUUUAGCUUUUAAAAACUGGUUUUAUUGAUAAUUUUAUGGUUUUAUUCUUCUUUUAAAUGGUUUAGUCCCCCACCCUCCUUACAAUCAAUAAUAAUAAUAAUAAAAUUUUAUUUAUAUCCCGCCCUCCCCAGUCGAAGCCGGGCUCAGAGCGGCUAACAACAGUAAAAUAAUACAACAUUCUAAAAUCAUUUCAUUAUAAAAUUAAUUCAAUUAAUUCAAGCAGUACAGUCGACUUGCAACCUGCACAAAUUUAACGUGUGUGAAUACGCAUCACUGAAAAAAGGGGCAGGGCAGGCAUUUGGAGGGGAGGACAUUGGCAAUACCACCACCCCACCCCACCCAAUUUGGAGGUGCAGUGAUCAUUGGAGACUGUGUGAGAGGCCUUAGAAGAACAUUUGGAGGGUUUUUAUUUUAUUUUUUGCUAUACACAACUUUGGCUUUUACACACUAUUGCUGGAACGUAACCCCCACAUAAGUUGAAUUGACUAUAUAUAAAUUGUAGGAAACAAAUAAAAAAAAUUAAAAAAAAUUAUUUCCACCAGGUUCACUUUCUCCAACUACCCCAUCACCAACAACAAGUGAGUAUAAGAUUUUAAAAUGUGUAUUUUAAAAUAUAUGACACUGAGUUUAAUGUAAAGUCUGCAUAGUGGUAGGAAACAAUCAAUUUGCCUGUAUUGCAUCGUAAUAAUAGUGGGGAUGAUUAUGAUGGUGAACAGAAGACAGAGAUAUGUUGAUCCAUCAAAUAAAAUCCAUUUUGGGGAAAUCGGGUUUAUUUACAGGAACCACCCUUUCCUAGGUUAGAAUCAUAGCUGUCAACGUUUCCCUUUUUUUAAGGGAAAUUCCCUAAUUCCCAAUAGGAUUUUCCCUUAAAAAAAAGGAAAAUUUGCCAGCUAUGGUUAGAAUCAGCAGGUGAUCAGUGCAUAGUGUAUGAGAAUGAACAUCUCACACAUGCAGUCCUCAUCAAUACUUCACAAUAUGGAUGGAGAUGCAUGCUCAUAUCAAUCCUGUUACAUGGACGAGGAUGCUUAUCCCCAUCUACUAUAGGCACAUGAUUGUGAUCCUCAAAUCAUUAGUUGUGUGUUACUCAUCAUAUGUUAACACCUUGUCAUUUGCAAAUAUGUAUGGAACUAAGAAUUUUGUUAUUUAGACUCUGCAGAGACCACAGCCCAAAGAGCCAGACAUCAUCUACAUGUUCUCAUAUGAAGUAUUGAUUCAGUCUGGCACCUUUCAUAGUGAAUUAAUUUACAGCCUUUGGCAGUUGUAAUGUUUAUUUUUUUAAAUGUUUCUCAAAGAAAGAAUAGAAAUGUGAUAUAUUCAUAUGGGCAAAAUAAUUCACAGAUAUAUAGAGUACUGAGCCAAACACACACAGGGUUAUGUGCACUUUGUGCAAAAAAAAUAAAAAUCAAAAGCUGCGCACUGCAGAAAAUUUGUGAAUAAAGUGAUUUUGCAUGUUGUUGCCUAUUUAGCAUGUAAUCAUGGAGGAGAGACAGGGCUGCAGACACCCAGAUUUUAUAUGUUAGGCAAUCCCAAGGCCAAAUUGUGCUUCCGCCCUUCCAUUUGCUUUUUUUUAAAAAAUGAACCCAGUGUUUGACCACUUCUCUCCUCCUCUUCUUACAUCCCUAUUUCCUGCUUCUUUGUGUUUCUUGUGACACUAGUUUCACACUGCCAGUUUUAUUUCAGAUGCAUUCUGGGGAAAAUGGUACCCAAAAGCUCUGAUUCAGGCACAACAAGCAAUAGUGUUGAAAGUUGGGGUGUCAAGAGAAAGGAGUUGCCAUUGCUCCACAAUAAAUGGCCCUAAGUACCCCCCUUCCUCCACUCCUAAAACCAAAGUGAGCUGUUUUACUUCCUCCCUGAAAAUGGUUGGAAUGUUUCCUCCCCCUGCUCAGCAGUUUACCACUUGGGAAUGGUGUGUGUGAAUUGAACAAGCAAGAAUUCUGAUGUUUCCAGAACACUGAACCCUUUGAUUAAAAAAAUAAUAAUACUUGACUAUAUGAAUGAAAUAUACUGGUGCUCUCAAAACUCAGAAGCUCCUCAAUUUUAUAUUCUACAUUAUGCUCACACUUCUUCUCUUUUCCAUAGCUCCAACACGGACCACAGCAUCUCCGAAAACAGGUGAAUAUAAGAGUUUAACACAUGCUACUUACAGGUAUAUAAGUUACACUCUUGUGCACUGAAAGCAACAAGUCCAUUUUCCAGUAUUGCCCAAUGAUAACAAAGAACAUAAAACACAGGUAUGCUGAUCCCACAAGUGUGAUCUGUGAGGGGAAUGAGACUUUCACUCCUGGGUCUAUUUUGGAUGUGAAUGAACAUUCGCCACAUGCAGUCCUUGUUAUUCCUGCACAGUUUGGAUAGCUAUGUAUGUUAUCAUCCAUCCUGCAAUCAGGAUGGGGGGAAAUGAGUUUGUGUAACAAGUUGUGCAUAAUUCAGUAUGUCCCAACAUAUUGUUAUAUGCUACUGUUUCCAAGGUGCCAGAAGCAUCUUACAUUUAGAUUCAGCAUACAGGUAGGUAGCCGUGUUGGUCUGCCGUAGUCAGAAGUGUGCAUGCACACGAAAGCUCAUACCAAUAACAAACUUAGUUGGUCUCUAAGGUGCUACUGGAAGGAAUUUUUUUAUUUUGUUUAGAUUCAGCAGUCAUUAUAGUCACAAGAAUCACACUUGCCAUCUAUAUUUUCUUUACAUGAGAUAGUAACUGAGGCCACAGUCAUAUCCUCAUGUACCAUGGAGCAAUUCCCAAUGAAUUCAGUAGGAUUUACCGUACUUCUGUGUAGACAUGUUCAGGAAGGGACGCAGGUGGCGCUGUGGGUUAAACCACAGAGCCUAGGACUUGCUGAUCAGAAGCUCGGUGGUUCGAAUCCCCAUGAUGGGGUGAGCUCCCGUUGCUCGGUCCCUGCUCCUGCCAACCUAGCAGUUCAAAAGCACGUCAAAGUGCAAGUAGAUAAAUAGGUACCGCUCCGGCGGGAAGGUAAACGGCGUUUCCGUGCGCUGCUCUGGUUCGUCAGAAGCAGCUUUGUCAUGCUGGCCACAUGACCCAGAAGCUGUACGCCGGUUCCCUCAGCCAGUAAAGCGAGAUGAGCGCCGCAACCCCAGAGUCGGUCAUGACUGGACCUAAUGGUCAGGGGUCCCUUUACCUUUACCUUUAGACAUGUCCAGGACUGUUGAUAGCUGUUUUAUAAUUCUAGUUUGAAGUGGAAUUGCAAACUAUGUUUUUUCCAUGAAAGAAGGCACAAGAGGAGGGUGGAGCAUAUGAGCUCAAGGCCCGUUCACAUAACAUGUCAUGUUACAUCUCAACAACCCUAUGUUUAUAGAAAAGUGAUACUAAAUCAAAAUAAAUAAAUGGAUCACAUCUGUCCGUCUUUGCAUAGUUGCCAAAGGGAAAUCUUAAAAUACUUUGACAUUACCUUCCUCUUGAAGAGGUUUCUGAAAUUAGUUGUGGAAAACAAGAUGAUAUUUAAACCAAUGAGCCACUUUUGAGGGGUUGUACAAUUAAAUAGCCAAGAUGCCUCAUGGUAUGCUAUCAAUAAUAAAUGUUACCAAUAUGUUACUCAGAAUCCCAAUCUCACACAUUUAGAUUCCAUUAACCGCACAAUAAAGAAAUGGUUUCAGUGCUGUCUCUGUGAAUAAUAAUUAUUCAAUGAGACCUCGAUUAAUCAUGUAUUUUAGUCUCAUUAAAAUAUGAAUGCUGUGUGGAUUGUUUGCACUCCUUAAUUGAAAUGUAUUUUCCCACUUCUGCUUUGUAGCUCACCCUCACCCUCCUGUUACAGUACCGCAAGUCAAAGUAACAACAACAGGUCAGUUCUAUUAUCCGUUUUGGUUUCUUGCUGAUUACCUCCAACAGAUGGCUAUCCAGGCACUGCUGGAAGACAUCUGGGAAGCGAGGGCUUAUCCUCUCCCCCACCACCUGUAAUUGGUUUCCUUGUCUAGCUAUUAACAAUUUGCUCCCAAAGUUGAACUGACAAGAUGGAGUCUCUGCAGGUGAGUGUUCCCCAUGUCUGAAAAAUAGUCCAAAUGCCUGCCCUGGAUGGGACUGUACUCCCUCAGGAGGAGCAAGUAUACAAUUUUAGGGGUGCUUCUGGAUCCAACUUUGUCACUGGUGGCCUAGGUGGCUGUGAGUGCCUUUUAUCAGCUUCAGAUGGCUACAACCCUUUCUGAACCUGGAUAGAUGGACCACAGCAUCUCAGGAAUGGAUGCAUUUGAGAUAGGGUUACUUCCCUAGGGGCUUCCCUUGUACUUGAUCCAGAAAGCACAGCUGGUGCUGAAUGGUGAAGCUUGAUAGCUGUCAGGAGUGAGACCCUGUCACCAUAUUAUGCUCCUAUGAAGAGAUCAGCACAGGCUGUUGAUUUGCUACCAGGUCAAGAUAUUAUUAAUACAGUGGUACCUCGGGUUAAGUACUUAAUUUGUUCCAGAAGUCCUUUCUUAACCUGAAACUGUUCUUAACCUGAAGCACCACUUUAGCUAAUGGGGCCUCAUGCUGCCGCCGCACCGCCGGAGCACGAUUUCUGUUCUCAUCCUGAAGAAAGUUCUUAACCUGAGGUACUAUUUCUGGGUUAGCAGAGUCUGUAACCUGAAGCGUAUGUAACCUGAAGCGUAUGUAACCCGAGGUACUACUGUAGUGUAUAAAAACCUCAGGAACUUUGGACUAGACUAGUUUAUUUAAAGGAUUGCCUUAGCACAUGUGGCCCAUUUGACGAAUUUGAUCUGUCAAAAUGAUGGUUUUACAAGUGCCACCUAACACUUCCUUUCAGCUUGCGAUGAAUCAAUCCUGCAUUGUGGUAGCACAUAUUCUCUGGAACUCCCUGCCCACUAAUAUUAUUGUGCUGUACUGUUUUCAGUGCCUGUUUAAAAUAUAUUUGUUUAGGAAAGCCUAAAAAGACAUACAGGAUGAUAAUCAGAUAAGGUAAUCAGCUAAGAAGGGGACAAAAAGAAAUUUACAGACCUAACGUAGCCAUGCUUAUUAAUUGCAGUAAGUCUGCUCUGAGUAAACCUUAGUUGAAUAACACCCCCCCCCAAAAUUAACUUGUAACUUUAUUUCAUAUAUUCAUUUAAGCCAGCUGAUUUUAUAUUUUGAGAAUAUAUAUGACCAUUUGUUUUUAAUGUUUGAUUCUAUUAGUAUUAAAAGCAGUAUUUUACAUUGUUCAAUAUAAACUGGAUGGAGGUUUUUAUUGAUUUAAAGGUGUAUAAAUUUAAAUAAUUAAUUAAAACAUGGUCACAAAGAAACACUAUAUAAGCCUCAUAACCCUAAUUAAAACCUGCUGGUUCUCUGCAACAUAAAACAACAACAGCUCCAUCUAGGAAGCAGGCUGGGAUCCUACCUGCCUGCAGACUGUCUUGCCAGAGUGGCACAUGCUCUGGUUAUCUCCCACUUGGACUACUGCAAUGAUGAGCUCUAUGUGGUGCUACCUUUGAAGGUGACUCGGAAACUAAACUAAUCCAAAAUGUGACAGCUAGACUGGUGACUGGGAGUGGCUGCCGGGUUUUUAAUGUCUAAUGUUUUAACAUUUUUUAUGUGCUUCAAGCCAUCCAGAGUAGAUGGAGAAACCCAGCCCAGUGGGCAGGGUAUAAACAAUAAAAUUAUUAUUUUGUUAUUAACAUAAGCAGAGAAAGCGAAACUUAUCCAGUAUGUCUGUUACCAAGGCAAAGCAAAAACAAACAGUUGAAACAAUAUACCUUAAAAUAAUGAAUGCCAGCACAGAAUAAUCCAAAUUACAAAUAGAAACAAUACAGAAAAACUGAAUACAUGAAACAUCAAAAAGAAAAAAUAACAAUAAAGUUUACCAAUACUCACUGAGCUGUAGUGCUUUCACUUUCAGGAGCAUAUCCUCAAAGGAAAUAGGUUAUUAGAGGAAUUAAGAGAAAUUGCUUUGAAAAUAAUGUCGCGUUAGAAUGCUGUAUAAGAUGGAUUCAACUAAGUUUUCUCAGAGUAGACACAGUUAAGUAAAUGAACCUGGGUUGAUCAGGUUACCACAUUAUUUCAUGGAAUCUCUUAUCCUGCAGAGACUGCGCCAACAAAAGCAACAAGCACCAGCAGCACAACAUUAACUUCGCCAAAGGCAACAUCGCCCAUAAAUACAAAGAGCACAGAAUCAACGACGCUAAGACAUACAACACAUACAACAAUGAUUACGACUCCACAGAAAACUAUGUCAACAGCAAGCACUUCUAUACCAACAACUUCCAGAACUACAUCAUUAACACAAACGGCAACAACAAGAAGGCCAAAGACCACAAUCUCCACAGCGAUUACUGAAUCCACUAUAACAAGCAAACACACCCCAACAACCACGACAGGACCCAUGCCUUCCACAACACAGGUUACUUCAAUCCCCUUAACGAAAACGAGCACUCCAGUACCCACUGCCACAACUCUCACGACUGCUCCCCCUACCAGCACAGAAACGCCCAGCACUCCGGCCACCACAACUCCUGCAACCACCACCGUCCCAGUUACCACGGGUAAGUCUCCUUGGUCGCUCUGCAGCAGCAGCAGCUUACAAGUCUUUCAGGAGCCCUCUCUUGCCAAAGGGGCAGAGGGAUUGCCACCUCCAGGUCCCACGUAAGCCAGCCCUCCAAAAAGGGCGCGACUCGUCUGGCUCAGUCAUCCGGGAACCUGUUCCUCAUGUCCUCGUGUGGCGCCCUGGGCAACCCAAAAUCCCAGCCGUGACGGGAGCCCGCCUUUCCCUCUCCCACCGCCACCUAUGUGACUUUGCUAUUUUGUGUUCCAGAAACACCAAAAACCACCACUUCUGUUCCACCAGCGGUGCCUACAGGUAAGGGCGCUGAGCCUGCCGAAGGAGCUCUGCUUCUCUCCUUCUCUCCUGCCCCCGUUCCCACGUGUGGUCGCCCCCCUUUCACUUGCUUUCUUUCUCCUUUGCAGUCACCACACCUUCGACAACCAGACCGCCAAGCAGCACGCCGAAAACCACGCCAACCACCUCUCCCUCCACCACAUCCAGAACCACUGCAUCAACUCAGACGGCAACCACCAACACGCCAAAGACCACUGCAACAGCCUCCACACCAUCCACCUCUACGCAUCACCCCAAAAUCCUAACCACCACAACCCCCUCCACCACCACAGAAUCCACUGCGACUAG